UGAAUUUUGUGAAGGGAAGAGGUAAAUUUGUGACAGUGUGUGUUUCUGUCAUCUUCACAGCAGUAGAGUCCAAGGAGAGGAAAAUGGCAUCCCGGGCAGGUCUGGCAAACGCAACGUCCGCCAACGGCAACCUCGUUCAACAGGCACGGUACUUCAUCGAGACAUACAAUGCCACGACCAUUGCCUACACCGGAGGCUUGGCACUGGGCACAGUGCUCGUCAUCCUGUCUCUGUUCCUCUAUUACCUCUACAAGACGGAACAAGCAGCCAGCUCCUCCGGCUCUGGGCGGUCGGGAGGACAGUGGCAAUACGGAGGAGGAAGCAAGAGCGAUGACAAGGAUGAGGGAUUUGAGGCCAUACUCGGCCUUCUCGAAAAAUCGUGGGUCUUCUACGGCGCUCAGGAACAAGAGUGUCGCCGACGACUUUCAUGCGAAGCUCACCUUUCAAAUGCCACAGAUAUCAAUGAAAAAGUGUCUGGCACCCUGAAGGGCCUUAUCAGUCAGGUAAAGGACGGAAUUCUGACAAGUACGGCCACUCCGGCUGACACGGACAAAACUGCCGUACGAGACCUACUUCUUGCAGCUAAACACGGUCGAGACUGGAAUGACUGCCAGACGUAUAACCAGUUAUGUCAAACGGUGUCCCUUGCCUCGUUACCACAAAACGGAGACAAUGACCAAGAGACUCUCGUGCCACAGAGCAAUUACUGAAUUACUUCUGUCUGUAAUGAUAAGUUAUCUGAAAUACGGUUCAUAAAAAAAAUGAAACCUAUUUUAUCUUAUUACUGAUAACCAGAGCAUUACCGAAGGCCAGUAGAUAUAUUUAUUACCACAAUAUCCUUAAUUUUAAGUAUUUAUAUAAUAAUGUUUAUAUUCUUU